AUGUCAGACGAGGACAAGAUGACCCCCGGCAAAUCGCUCGCUGGUCCCCUUAGUCCUAAACCAGAGUCGCCGACCACUGCGCGCCCCUUGGAUUUCGACGAUGAGCCUCAGGAGACCGGCGUGACGAGUGCUCCCGCCCAACAGACCGAGGCUGCCCCGCCAAAGCCACCCCGGCCGCUCAGCCCGCAACAACAGGCACAGAACACUUUGAAAGAAGCAUUUCCGACAAUCGAAGCGUCUGUGAUCAAGGCAGUCUUAGUGGCUAGCAACUGGGAGGUGGAACGGGCGUUCCAUGCUCUUCUCGGUAUGACGGACCCCACCGCUCAACAAGAAGAAGUAGCGCCACCAAGGCCUCCCCGGCCGUCUGCGACACAAAAGCAGCUGGAACAGGACGAGCUUUAUGCGCGCCAACUCGCGGAACACUAUAACCGCCGUGCGCCGCAACCCCGCUGGGAUGAAUCCCGACAUGACGGGGCAGCUAGGAGAAGUAAUGAGUCCGAGGAACGGGAAUAUAGUUUCUUUGAUGACGAUCUUCCCGUGAUUCGCGAGAACCUCCGCAAAGGGUUCCUGGAGACUCAAUCUAAGGUCAACUCCUGGGUACAGAACCUCAAAAAGCGUAUUGAUGGCGAAGACCUGGAGGAAGAAAGCUCUUCUGGCCGUGGCUAUGGUGAAACUCAGGGUUACAAUCGGCCAAGACGGAGUGGAGAUAUGGGCCGUCGCAGUGGUGAUCGUGAACGCUACGAUGCGGACCCUCAAUUAUUGAGCGAUGAUUUCUCUGCGCUUGAGCUUAGAGAUUCCGAAGGUUGGCAUGCUCCAUUGAACGACUCUCGCUACAACACAUGGUUGACUCCUGUUCCUGCAGUGCCCCCACCCCAGCCUCCAAGAAGGCCACUUGCCAACGCCAACCUGUAUAAACCCGCGUCCCCGUCGCCUGACAGACGUAGGGUAUCGUUCCAAGAGGGACCACCUGCAGAGAUAGGUAAUCUCUAUGACGCUUCGGAGCCAGCUAGACGGACGUCCGCCAUGGGAAGCAAGUCAAACAAAUGGCAGCCAUUGUCCACGGUUGAGCCUUCGCCCGUCGCGGAUCAUGAUCCAUUCAGCUUGGGCGAUAGCGAAGAUGAAAGGGAGACAAAGGCCAAGGAUCAGAACACCGCGGAUGAGAACGAUCGGACCAAACAGGCUACAGCAGAAGCAAUGGCCGGAGAACUUGAUUCUGCGAAGAAUGGCGACAAGACACAAACUGGUGGGAAAUCAUAG